AUGGCAAAGCCAUUAGGGCUGACUGGUGAAUUCUUUAAAAGGAGGGAUGAAUGGAGGAAGCAUCCGAUGCUUGUCAACCAGUUCAGGUACGCCACACCAGGCCUUAGCAUCGCCCUCGUCGCCUUCGGUGUUUACCUUGUCGGUGAGGCCGUUUACAACUGCGUUAACAGCUCCGAUCCCCAUGCUGCUCACUAA